AUGGGCAAAGCGAGGCAUUGCCCUGCUCCCCUGGAAUCUGCUUUGGAUUCGUUGGGGACCUCUUGUACAUUUGACGAAGCCUGCGUGUGUGCCAACUCCUCGCAUGUCAAAGAGCUGGUGAACGUCAGCAUUGAGGGACAGGCUUGCUACGCCUGUGAGCCGGAGCGGCUUCCUGCAUGUACCGAGGCAUCCGACCAGUGCACGCCUGAAACCUGCGAGUGCGGCAACUCCCUGACGCAUGUCAGACAUAAUGCGACCACGGUAGAUGGUGUGCUAUGCUUUUACUGCGAGCCCCGGGAUGGUGCCUGGCGCUUUGGGCGCAACGAGGCCGUCGUAGCUGGAGCCUCGGAUGUCUUCCUCCCGAGAGAACAUGGCACUACUCCGAUCAUGGAUGUCACACAUUUAUAUGGCUCUCGAGAUGAUGUGUAUCUUGCAUAUAAUAUACAUGUGUAUGCAUAUACUGUUACAUGA